CCCUGAUUUAUAGCUGGUCAGUCAGAAGCACAGGUCACAACCAGGGACUUAAAAUUGAUGUCUGAAGUGGGGGCAGUCUUAUAGAUUGAGUCUUAACCUGUGGGAUCUGAUCCUAAUCCCAGGUAGGCAGUGUCAGAAUUGAAUUGAAUUAUAGGACCCCUAGUUGGUAGCUACUGGAGAACUGCUUAUGCAGUGAAAAAAAAACCCAUACACCUAGUGUCAGAAGUGAAGUACUCCCUUUUUCGCGUCCUCGUUUCCAAGAUGACAAAGAAAAGAAGGACAAAGAAAAGAAGAUGACAAAGAAAAGAAGAUGACAAAGAACAACGGUCGUGCCGAAAAGGGCCGUGGCCAUGUGCAGCCUAUUAGCUGCACAAACUGUGCCCGAUGUGUGCCUAAAGACAAGGCCAUGAAGAAGUUCGUCAUCUGGAACACAGUGGAGGCUGCAGCUGUCAGGGACAUAUCUGAAGCGAGUGUCUUCGAUGCCUAUGUGCUUCCCAAGCUGUAUGUGAAACUACAUUACUGUGUGAGUUGUGCCAUUCACAGCAAGGUAGUCAGGAAUCGUUCUCGGGAAGCCCGCAAGGACCGAACACCCCCACCCAGAUUUAGACCUGCGGGAGCUGCCCCAAGACCUCCACCAAAGCCUAUGUAAGGAGUUGAGUCCUUGAGAACUGAAGAAAAACUAUCCGUUGGAAAAAAAUAAAAUGGAGAUUAUACUUAC